AUGUUAUCAAGAAGACUGGCCAAAUGGAUGCUGCUACUUUCAGAAUAUACGAUCACGUAUGAGCCGGUGAAAGCAGUGAAGGGGCAGGUUGUGGCGGAUUUCUUGGCAGCACAUCCCGUAACAGAGAGCGAAAUCAUUAGUGACGAUUUUCCUGAUGAACAGGUUAUGUUGGUCAAGUCGCAAAGCCUAUGGCAGAUGUAUUUUGAUGUCGCUUCUCGAGCAUCAGGGGCAAGUGCCGGGGUGAUAUUCAUUACUCCUCAAGGUGACUUGUUACCUUACUCUUUCACGUUGGGUGCUGCGUGCACAAAUAACGAAGCCAAGGAUUCUAAAUUGAUCAUAAAUCAAUUGAAGACUGAAUUCGAAAUAAGAAAGCAAGAGCUCUUGCCAUAUUAUCAGAAAGCACAACAGUUAUUGGAGCAAUUCUACCAUGUAGAAAUCAAGCAUGUACCACGGGCUGAAAAUGCAAAAGCAGAUGCUUUGGCCAGCUUGGCAGCAGCUCAGUCCUGUCCAAAUCGAAGUCCUCUCUAG